AUGGUUGUUAAACGUGUGUACGUCGGGUUUGUAAAUGAGAAUCAAGAUGAGUGUUUCUCAGAACUAUUUAAGAGGUUUAACAGAUAUGGUAAAAUAAACGGUGAUGCUAAGAGUUUCGAGAGACAUGGCUCAUUUGGCUAUAUUAGUAUGGAAUUUGAGAACGAUUCUCAAUUCGACAAAUUGAAGGCAAGCUUCAAUAGAGUUAAAUUCAAAGGAAAUACGCUUCGAGUUGCUGAAGCGAAACCAGACUGGAAGGUUCGUUGGGAAUUAGAGAAGAAGGAUGAAGAACGUGACAAUAAAAAACGUAAGCAGAUGCUUAAACAAGAAUGGGAACAUUAUAAGAAGAUAGAGAAUAUAAAUAUGUCUUGGGUGGAUAGAAAGGAAGUGAUAUCUGGGAGAUUGAGAACUAGUGCUAGACCUCCCCACAAACUUCGUAACAUAACGUUCAGAGUUAAUGUGAAUGGUAAACUAAAAACGUAUAAGUGCUACAAAACUAAGUUGUGGGGUUACGAAAAACACAAGAAUCUAAGAGAUUUAGUGUACAAAUUCACCAACAACUAUUGGAGAUCUGGAACAGAUCACAUUGUCGAUAAGUUGGAUUAUUCAAGAACAAAAUCUGUUUCAUUCAGAAACAAAGCCGGGGACACUUUAACUGUAUCUGAAUCUACUACAAGCAACGAUUCUGAAGGUGACAAUGUCAACGAAAAUGAAAAGGAGAAUACUAAUAUGGUGUUAGCGUCAUUAUUAACUUCAUUCGAUUUCGAAAAGCCUAUAGCUGUUGAAGAGGAAGCAGAUAAUGAAGAGUUCGGAGGUGCAGAAUACGAAGAUACAGCUAUUUAUAAGGAGUCUAAUUUCAAACCUCAGGUUUCUGCUUCUGCAUUAGAGGAAUUAAAGAGAGUUAAAGAAGGCGAGUUUGCAAAAGCGCAUAAUCAUGUCAAGACAUUCGAUGAAAAUGAGGAUGAAGAGGAAAAUGAAGAGGAAAACGAAGUAACAAUACCUCAUCAAGAUAAUAACGACAAUCAAGGCGAUGAGAGUUCAGAGGAAUUUAUUCCAACAUUCGGAUCAACUAACAAUAACAAUGACGCAAAGGCGGAAAGCAGUACUAAUAAUACCGAAGUUUUGAGAGAUUUAUUUAAUCCUUCUGAACCAACUUCCUUUAAACUAAUCGAAGAAUCUGACGAAGAUAUCGAUCAUAAUAAAGACUUAAAGGAAGAUGAAAUUGCAGAAUUUAUCCCAGAAGUUUCUGCUCCUCAAAAAUCAAAUAAUCCUCUCUUCUUUGUUCAUAAAGAUUCACCUUUCUUGGUUGGUCAAACAAGGUUAGCUAAAAUCAAACCUCCUGUUACAUUAGAUGAACGAUUGCUGAACUGGGAAGAGAAUUUCUGGGAUAAUAGAAGUAGCUGGACCAAGGAAAUGAAGCAAAGAAGGAGAGAUGUUAUCAGACUAAACAAAAGGAGACAAGACAAGCAUCGCGGUAACACUUUACUUAUUUGA